ACGCUGCCUCCGCUUGGUCGCCGCUCACGGUUCUCCGCCCGUUACCAAGAUGGCGGCAGAAGCAGCUGGUGGGAAGUACAGGAGCACAGUGAGCAAAAGCAAAGACCCCUCGGGGCUGCUCAUCUCUGUCAUCAGGACUCUGUCUACCAGUGAUGAUGUUGAAGACAGAGAAAAUGAGAAGGGCCGCCUUGAAGAAGCCUAUGAGAAAUGUGACCGUGACCUGGAUGAACUGAUUGUACAGCACUAUACAGAACUGACAACAGCUAUUCGCACAUACCAGAGCAUCACGGAGCGCAUCACCAACUCCCGAAAUAAAAUAAAGCAGGUGAAAGAAAAUCUGCUUUCAUGCAAGAUGCUGUUGCAUUGCAAAAGGGAUGAGCUUCGGAAACUGUGGAUUGAAGGAAUCGAACAUAAGCAUGUCCUGAACCUGCUGGAUGAAAUUGAGAACAUCAAGCAGGUGCCUCAGAAGCUGGAACAGUGCAUGGCCAGCAAGCACUAUCUCAGCGCCACCGACAUGCUGGUGUCAGCAGUCCUAUCUUUGGAGGGCCCCCUGCUCCAGGUGGAGGGACUGAGUGACCUGAGGCUGGAGCUUCACAGCAAGAAGAUGAACCUGCACUUGGUUCUCAUAGAUGAACUGCACCGGCACCUGUACAUCAAAUCCACCAGCCGAGUUGCGCAGCGUAACAAGGACAAAGGGAGAAUGCGCUCCCUUGCGAAAGAUGCUUCUCCUGUCCCUCUGAUUGAUGUGACAAACCUUCCUACGCCUCGAAAAUUUAUUGAUACCUCUCAGUAUUCAACUCCUGGAAGCUCAAGUGCAAGGGAGAUAAAUCUACAGGACAUCAAGGAGGAUUUGGAAUUGGAUCCAGAGGAGAACAGUGUUCUUUUUAUGGGCAUCCUCAUCAAGGGGCUAGCCAAACUGAAGAAGACCCCAGAGACAGUUAAGGCCAUCAAAGAACGCUUGGAGCAGGAGCUCCAGCAGAUUGUGAAAAGGUCUACAACCCAGGUGGCCGACAGCAGCUAUCAGAGGGGAGAGAACCUCACUGUGGACAACCAGCCAAGGUUACUUCUAGAACUUCUGGAGUUGCUGUUUGACAAGUUUAAUGCUGUAGCCACUGCUCACUCUGUGGUCCUGGGAUACCUGCAGGACACCGUCGUGACCCCACUGCCUCAGCAGGAAGAUGUCAAACUGUACGACAUGGCAGAUGUGUGGGUGAAGAUCCAGGAUGUCCUCCAGAUGCUGUUGACUGAGUACUUGGACAUGAAGAAUACUCGUACGGCCUCUGAACCGUCAGCUCAACUGAGUUACGCCAGCACUGGACGGGAGUUCGCAGCCUUUUUUGCCAAGAAGAAACCUCAAAGGCCAAAAAAUUCUCUUUUCAAGUUCGAAUCGUCUUCCCACGCCAUCAGCAUGAGUGCCUACCUGAGGGAGCAGAGAAGGGAACUCUACAGUCGGAGUGGAGAACUCCAAGGGGAUCCUGAUGACAAUUUAAUUGAAGGUGGAGGAACAAAAUUUGUCUGCAAACCUGGAGCCAGAAACAUUACUGUCAUAUUCCAUCCAUUAUUAAGAUUUAUUCAGGAAAUUGAGCAUGCCUUGGGACUUGGCCCAGCCAAGCAGUGUCCUCUUCGAGAGUUUCUCACUGUGUACAUCAAAAACAUCUUUCUCAAUCAAGUCUUGGCAGAAAUCAACAAGGAGAUUGAAGGAGUCACGAAAACAUCUGACCCCUUGAAGAUCCUGGCUAAUGCGGACACCAUGAAGGUGCUGGGGGUGCAGCGGCCGCUUCUGCAGAGCACGAUCAUUGUGGAGAAGACCGUGCAGGACCUCCUGAGUCUGAUGCACGACCUGAGCGCCUACUCGGACCAGUUCCUCAGCAUGGUGUGCGUGAAGCUCCAGGAGUAUAAGGACACCUGCGCCGCGGCCUACAGGGGCAUCGUGCAAUCGGAAGAGAAACUUGUCAUUAGUGCAUCUUGGGCAAAAGAUGAUGAUAUCAGCCGACUCCUGAAAUCUCUACCAAACUGGAUUAACAUGGCUCAACCCAAACAGCUGAGGCCAAAGAGAGAAGAAGAGGAAGAUUUCAUAAGGGCAGCCUUUGGCAAGGAGUCGGAAGUUCUUAUUGGGAACCUGGGUGAUAAAUUAAUCCCUCCACAAGACAUCCUGCGUGACGUCAGUGACCUCAAAGCCUUGGCCAACAUGCACGAGAGCCUGGAAUGGUUAGCAGGCCGAACGAAGUCUGCUUUCUCCAAUCUUUCUACAUCCCAGAUGCUGUCUCCUGCUCAAGAUGGCCACACGAACCUGGAUCUGCCCCCGGUGUCGGAGCAGAUCAUGCAGACGCUCAGCGAGCUUGCCAAAGCUUUCCAGGACAUGGCCGACCGCUGCUUGCUGGUGCUGCACCUGGAGGUCAGGGUUCACUGUUUCCACUACCUCAUCCCUCUGGCAAAGGAGGGGAACUAUGCCAUUGUCGCUAAUGUGGAAAGUAUGGAUUAUGACCCUCUGGUGGUCAAGCUCAACAAAGACAUCAGUGCCAUUGAGGAGGCUAUGGGCGCCAGCCUUCAGCAGCACAAGUUCCAGUACAUCUUUGAAGGCCUAGGACACCUCAUCUCCUGCAUCCUCGUGAACGGUGCCCAGUACUUCCGGCGCAUCAGUGAGUCUGGCAUCAAGAAAAUGUGCAGAAACAUUUUUGUUCUUCAGCAGAACCUGACCAACAUCACCAUGUCGCGGGAGGCAGAUUUGGACUUCGCCAGGCAGUACUACGAGAUGCUGUACAACACGGCCGAUGAGCUCCUGAACCUGGUGGUGGACCAGGGCGUGAAGUACACGGAGCUGGAGUACAUCCAUGCCCUGACCUUGCUGCACCGCAGCCAGACGGGGGUGGGGGACCAGACCACCCAGAACAUGAGGCUGCAGCGGCUCAAGGAGAUCAUCUGCGAGCAGGCGGCCAUCAAGCAGGCCACCAAGGACAAGAAGAUAACCACGGUGUAAUGGGGCCUGCGUGGGGUCGGGGGGGGGGCGUUUCUGUUUACUUAGUCAUACUUCUUUCUUUGGCAUGUUAUUAGGUAUAUUCUGAGCUUAGUUUUCUCUACACUGAUGCUUCCGUGGAGAGAAGGUGUAAGGAUUUUUCUCUCUUUAGUUUUGGCUUUUCACAUAAACUCCAAAGGGAGCUUGCAGUACAGAAGGUUUUGAUUUAACAUCUGCUGUAGUGCAGUGGAUUCCAAAGGGACUCGGGUGGGACAGGGAGGAGGGUUGUGUCAAAUUGGACUCUGAAAAAAUGAAUGCACGAGUAGUAAUGCCCAACAGUUUUUGGAAAGCAGACUGCUACCUAACUUUCCGUCUCUUCCUAAAUCUGCUUCAUAGGGUCUCUUACAUGAACAGUGGGAUUUUUACUCGCUUAGCCUUGUCAGUUUAUAAUUCGGUGAAAUAAGUGUAUGCUUGUGCGUUGCUUUCUGUCUGAUUGCCGAGAUCAAAUGAGGGGCUUCUCAGCGGGAUGGAGCUCUCGACAAAUGUCCCUGACCAGAACAGGGCCCCUUCGAGGCAGGGAAAGGUCCUUUCGUGUCAAUCCCUGGGGUGGUCUUAUAUGCAGUAGCUCAUGCACAGGCUAUGAGUUAGUCUGUAACCUUUUCGUUUUUAUUUUUGCCAUAUCAAAACCAAGAGCCAUCAAGUUAAUGAACAAAAUGGCAGAAUGAAAGGAGAUUCAGUCGUCUUGAUUUUAUUCCCCUGCACUUCCCAAAAGAAAAUAAUGGCUGGAGAACUUUGCAUCUCAGUGGACACACUGUCUGGGCGUGACCGAUUCUUAGGUGCUCGUUUACCCUCCUUAGGCGCCCCUCUGUCUUUCUCGCCCGAGAAAGGAAUAGCCCCAGUCUGCUCAGCAGAGGGCUAGGAGGAGGGGGCCUCCUCUGUGUGGUCGCCAGCCGAAUCCGUUUCCAAAGUGCUCCUGGGUGGUGUGAGCGCUCACUGCUCCUGGCCCCUGGCCUCGCCACUGUCCCGGGUCCCCAGGUGCUGACGGAGACACACCUUGAGAACAGGUGGGAGGGAGAGCAGGAGGGACUUUGACUCACACCCUAAUGGUCCAGAAUUUGACACCUGAUUGUGUAACCUUGGUCUUGGUGGAAAAAAAGAAAAUUAAAGAGUUUGAGAAGCUUAA